AUGGAAUGCUGUGGUGGUUCAGCAUUUAGGGUUCACAGUCUCCAGAGUGAAAGGAUCAUUUGUGCGGGCCAAGGGAAAGCCUCAUACCUGUUCUUGUUUUUGUUGUGGUUUGUCCAUGUGUGCUGUUUGUGUGCUUUAAAGAUUAUACUGGGUUUGAGCAUACCUGACAUUUAUGCCUGCUUGGGUGCAUGGCUGAAUCAGAUCCGUCUGUUCAAUGGGAGAAAUGUGACUCGUGUAAGGGCAAGCAAGAUUAUGGAAAACAGCUUUCAACUCAUGAUCCCAGCUGCUGAGGUGAAGGCCAAGAAGUUGAAGAGCAAGGUGACUGCACUGUUGGCUUCAGUCAGGUAA